GAUUUGUAUGCUUUGGAUUUGGGCAGUUGGGUUCAUCAGUUUGUUUGGAGGAAACUUGACAGAUCAACCAAUGUUUGUACUGAACUUGGCUCAAAAACUGAGCAAUAUGGUAUGGUAAUUUUAUUAGGGAGGACAGGAUGCUUGGAGGAAGCUGAAAAAUUAAUCCAUAGCAUGCCUUAUGAGGCAAAUGGAACAAUUCUUAGUUUAUUUAUAUGUGCAUGUGGGAACUGAAAGGAUGUUACAAGGGCUGAGAGAGUCUUGAACAAAGUUUUUGACAUGAAGCCAUGGAAUGAUGAGAACUAAGUCAUGUUGAGAAAUUUGUAUGUCACAGAGGAAAAAUGAAGAGGAAUUUAAGGAUCUGAUGAGGAGAAAAGGGGUAAAAAAAGGAGGUAGGCUGUAGUGUUACGGAGGUUGAUUGCAGUAUUUCAGAGAAGCGAUAGAGUCUACCUUGCGGCAGUUAUGGACGCACAUGAAGGGACAAGGGAGCCAUCAAUAUUUGUACAGAUCUUGAACAAGCGGAUGAAGGAGAUCGGGCUGGCUGCAUUGUGAUUGCCUAUUAAACCGAAGGCUGCAGAUCUCAGGAAAUAAUGGUUUUGAAAAGAGAAGGGGGCAAGUGGAACUCCCAUGCCACAAUGUGAUGCCAGCAGACAUUAAUCUCAAACUGAGUUUAUCAAAUCGAAACUUCAAUUUGAAAUUCGUUUGUUCAAGUUGAAUUUUACAGAUACAAAUAAUACUGCUUCAUCUUAUAAAUUAUAAAAUAAAAAUAAUAUUAUAUGCACAAAUUCUUUAUACAAAUUACAUAUCAAGGAGUGACCCUGCAUAGAACAUAUGAAUCGGAAGAAUUAUCUUAAAAUAAGGUGAAAAGAUAGAAAAUUUUAAGGGGGCGCGUGCUUGCACGGCUACACAGUAGCGUGAAGGUGGCGAGGCGUGGCACGGUCUAGACUCUCGAUAGAAUUUAGUACAUCGGACUUAUUCUGAACGUGGAUUUAUCUUGGAAGAAGACCGAACAGAUAUAGAAUGGUAGUUGGCGCGUGACAGCCUGGUCAUCUAAUCAAAGUCCAACGCCUCGCUCUCACUUACAGUUUUUGUUUCUUCCAGAAUCCCAAGAACAUUGUAGCAGGUUCCUUAGAUCGAGCUCUUUCUGCAAAUUACUAAUGUUGUUGGUCAACUAAGAAUCUUCCGCCUUUUUCUAUACUUAAAUGAAUACGGCAAAAAUGGCUCAUGUACAGUUAUUGACCAUCUUCAUCGUCCUCAGCUUCUUCUGUCUUAUCCCACUCUCGUACUCUGUUCCUUUCAUAGUUUUGCAUGGCAUUAGUGAUAAAUGCAGUAACCGAGGAGUCACAAAGUUUACUGAGCUUUUAAGCAAUUGGUCUGGCUCUCAAGGAUACUGCAUAGAAAUUGGAGAUGGAUCAUGGGACUCUUGGACUAUGCCCCUUAAGGAACAGACAAAAAUUGCUUGUGAGAAGGUGAAGGGUAUGAGUGAACUUAGUGAGGGUUACAACAUAGUGGGACUUUCUCAGGGUACUAUGAUUGGUCGAGGAAUUGUUGAAUUUUGUGAUGGAGGACCUUCUGUAAAGAAUUUUAUAUCACUGGCAGGCAUCCACGCUGGUACUGCUUCAAUUCCAUUUUGUGGUUCUGCAUUGAUAUGCAUUCUCCUGGAUAGUUUAAUUAAGUCAGAGAUCUACAGCAACUAUGUACAGGAACAUUUGGCUCCCAGUGGCUAUGUUAAAAUACCAACUGACAUUCCUGAUUAUCUAAAAGGAUGUAGGUUUCUCCCAAUACUUAACAAUGAACUUGCUGAUAAAAGAAAUUCCACUUACAAGGAACGUUUUGCUAGCUUGGAGAAUUUGGUGCUUAUCAUGUUUGAGCAGGAUGCAGUUUUGAUACCUAAGGAGACCUCCUGGUUUGGUUAUUAUCCAGAUGGGUCCUUUGAUACUAUUUUAUCCGCCCAAGAGACACCACUGUAUAUUGAUGACUGGAUUGGUUUGAAGACCUUGGAUGAGGCUGGGAAAGUUAAAUUCAUAAACGUUUCUGGGAAUCACCUUCAGAUAUCGUGCAGUGAUAUGAAAACAUACAUAGUUCCUUACUUGGAAAACCAGACAUCAUCAACAACACAGAUUAUGAUAACAGAAUCAUCAUCUUCAUCUUAUACUCACGGAUGGCUGUCAUCAAUGUGGAACUUGUUUGUGAAUAUUGGUGGGUUUAGCCAGGAUCAACAUUUGCUAUCCGUUGUAUCCUAAAUGAUAUCACAGUCCUAUAAAUGAGGAUGGACAGUGUGUCACUAUUUUAUCAGUUUCUCGUGGAUCAUUAUUGAUUUGACUGUCAAAUUGUGUGACUGCUCACUGAUUAUUUUCUGUUGGAGUAUAUGGUUGGAAGAUGAGAAAAGUUUUGAUUAUUGACUGUAA